AGUCCUUAUCAUGAAAAGCACCUUUUCAGUCUUGAAUUAAUUUCCUCUUCUCCGUGUACGGUAUUUUGUGUCGUUUGUGCCUUGUUUUUUGUUUCAUAAAGACAAAUUUUAAUAUGAGCAGUGACGUAAAUGCCAACAAUAAGACUAAAGGACAAGAUUUAGAAGAUGAAGACAAUAAAGCCGCAUCUAAAACAAAAUCCAAAACUAAAAGUACCUUUCAAGAUCAGGUCGAAGAAGAAGAACCAGACAAUCAAGCACCCAAAAAGAAAACAAAAUCCAGAACUAAAACCACUACAAAAGAUCAGAGCGAAGAAGAAGAACCAGACAAUGAAACACCCAAAAAGAAAACAAAACGUAAAACUAAAGUAAAGUCAGAAGAGGAAGACGAAGACCAAGAAGAGGAAAAAGAUGAAGAUGAGGCACUCGACGAUGAUGAAGAUGAAACUGAUGGCAGAAGAAAAAAGAGAUCAGUGCUUCAAGAAGAAGAAGAAGAAGCUGACGAUGGUGGUAAUGUGGAUGUUGAGGCAGCGGAAGAUCAGGAAAUUAAAAAGCCUGCAAAUAGUUUUGCAGCCAAGAAAACCGUUGCUCAGGGUAUGAUGGAUAUCGCCCUAAUCACCGCAAACGCCAACCAACUAAGGUAUAUGGUAGAAUACAAUCAACACAGUUCCACGUUUUAUGUUAACGUCAUCCUGAUUUGUCUCUCAUUAGUGUUGCAACUUGCUAUUGGCAUCAUUUUGAUAUACAAAGCGUGGUUUUACAUGCAAGGGAAAUCAAAGUCUCUCGCUGCUAAGAAAUUAAAUAUUUACGUAACUGCUGGAGUGUUUACGAUUACCAUUAUUAACGUGUUUAUUGCCAGUUUUACUGUAACUGGACCUGCUCCAACGGAAAAGGAAGAGAAGAGUAGAUAGACAAUAAUAUGUUUGAAUUAAUUGAAAUCUUGAAUCUCUGAAAUGUUAUGUCAAAAAGGACAGUGUGUUUAAGUUUUCUCAAAAAUUUUUAAAGCAAAAUAGAGUAAAUUUUAAUAUAUUUUUACAUUUGAUCAAUAAAAUAUUUUGUUUUUAGAAUAAACAUAAUGUGUGGA